UUGGAAACCUAAACAUGCUGAGUCGUUGUUGGCGAAAAACAAUCACAGUUGAAGGUUGAAGAUUACUCUUUUACGACAUUAAAAGUUAUCCAUGUAAAGCCAAACAUCUCGCCAAUGCUUGCGAGACGUUAGCUUUUUUUGAUAGCCGUGUUUAUCGCGUUACGUUACAAGAUCGUAGACUUUGGAAUCAGCUACUACAAUAUUUAUUCAUUUUUGUCAAGUGUACAUGAUUGUACGACAUAUAGAAGCUACAUCAGCCAAGAAAGUUGUUAAUACUAUACCUCAUUGCCCUUUUUUUUUGCUCCAUUUCCACAAUGAAACAAAGCAAGAUAUCACUUGGUGUGAAACGGUAAUAUAAUUUAGCAUGAAUUUUCAAGACCAGGAUCGGCUAUGGUUGACUGAAGGACAAAGAUCUACAAAAGAAAGAACAAUUCUUGAUCCAUUUGCAAUUUAUGGGUUUUUUAAUGACUCAAACACAGAGAAACCAUCACAUAGAAGAGUAAAAAGUGCAGCAGCUCGUACAAGCUCAAAUGAAAUACGUAAAAUCAAAAAUCGUAAUCACCCACCUGGGUACCAAACACCUGAUUUUCACAUUGGACACAAUCCAACACCAACUCCAGCAACAUCUAGACCUGCUUCAUCAAGAAGUGGUUAUAGCUCAGUAAGAACUGUCAAAAUCAACAAAUCAUCUCCAACUUCUCUUUACCUGAGCACUCAAAGAAAUCGAUGUAAGUCAGCCCCAGUAAAACCAACAGUAUACAUACCUAGGCGACCACAGACAGCCAAAUCUAAAUCCAGGGCAAGUUCAGGAACAGUUCGAAGUGCUCCACAAAGAGCAUGGGAGUUACGGACAAAUUCAUUUACAAAUUACAAAUCUUUGUUGUCACCAAGAGAGAUUCAAACUAGACAGAAAACAAGGUGCAAAUCAGCACCAUUGCCUUAUGAUUUUAGUAGUGUUGAGCUAAUUAAUGAAGUGCCUGAAGAUGGUACUGACUAUGAAAAACUGUGGGCCAUGACAAAGCCUUUCUCUUGCAUGCCAGAACUUGUUAAAAAUGCAGUCAAUCACAAUGGUUUGAGACACUGCUGUUCAGCUUUUAAUACCAGAACUACUGUCCCCCCUAAAACCAGGCAACAAUUCUGGCCAGUUCCUAGACCUGGAGUGUACCGUAGAGGGUUUGUACCACAGUAUUUCAGCUUCGUUAAACCAGCUCAUUUCUCUGGUGAUUCACAACCACCAACAAUAACUUGCACAAAACCAACUGAACAACAGUUCCCAGUACUACAAGAUGACUUUGAUGAGACCAUUCUCUUUGAGGAAAACUUUGAUUAUCCUGAUACACCAUCAGAGCUUUCAAUGUCUGAGCAAUAUGACUUAUCAGAUAAUGAUGCGGAUAUCAUGGAUGAUCUUAAUGUCAGAGAGUAUCUGGAGUCAAGAAUGGGUGACCCUUCUGAUAGUGAUUAUGACAAUGAUUUACAAUUAUCACGAUUAACACCUGAGCCUACCAAUGAUCAGCUACAUAUAGUAGCAGAAUAUGAAAGUAGAGAAACAGUAGAAGAGGACAACAAUCAGGUAACAACACCAGAUAUAGAGGUUGAGAUCGUCAUAAACCAGACAAAACCAGAAGAAACUGUUGUAGGGGCAAAACCUGGACCAGAAAUAAUCAGUGAAGAAAAACAAGAUUAUACUGAACCAAAAUCUAUUCUAACUGAACAAGAAACAAUUGAACAGUCACAGGAGGAAGGAGCCACACAUGAUGAAGAAACACAUGGAUUAGACACUGUCAGUGAUGAAACUAUAGUUGUGGAGAAUGUCCAGGCAAAAGACAUAAAGGAUGUUCCUGAAGAAAAGCCAGUCGAACCAAAGCCACCUCAACCCGACCCCCCUAAGGUGACUUUCAUAGACUCCAUGACAGUAACUAGUUAUAAAACUCCUGAGAAGAAAGUAGAACCUGUUAAACCUAUACUAAAACAACCGAAACCUACUCMACAACCACAACCACAACCACCUAUGGAAGAAAAACCAGCAAAUGUAAAGAAACCAAAACCAAGACCAAUUGUAGAGCGUCGUGAGGCUGAUAUCAAACCUCAAAUUAAACCUGGUAUUGUAUUGAAACCUGAACCACCAAAGGAAGAAAAGGAAGAGAAAGAAGUAGAAGAAAAAGUGGAAGCUAAGCCCCUUGAAGAAAAACUUCCAGAACCAGAGUUUGUUCAUGCCCCUGGAGCAUACAAAAUGUAUCAAGCUGUUGACUUGCAUCAACAUGAAGUAACAAAAGCUAAACAAAGGCAUAAGAUUCACAGUAAAACAAGCCAAAUGCCAAUGCCUUUCACUGGAGCAUCAGGACACCAUCAAAUGCUCCCUGAGAGCACACUGGUAGUGAACUCAGUUAUGGAAGAUGAACGGCGUAAAAAGGAAGGAAUGAAACCAUGGCUACAAGGAAGACUUGCUUUAUCCAAACAAACAAGCAGAUUUGAGCUUCCUAUGGAUGUCAGAGUCUUAGAAUCAAUGACAGCAAUGGAAUAUCUGACCAAGUACUGUAUUAUAAGCACACGACGGAAAGCAUUAUUCAAACACAUAUUCCAAAAGGUUGAUAAAGAUAGAGAUGGAAUCAUUGGUUUCCGGGAACUUGAAAAAGGUCUAAAAGAAAUCCAUGUUGACUCAAUUGAUGUCAAACAAGUUCGUAGUAUUGUAGAGAUGGUUGGAGCAGAUGACAAAACUAAAUUCAACCUGAAGCAGUUUUCAGCUAUCGCUGCCUUCUCUGAGAGAAUCCUAUUUUCCAAUUUUGUAACUGAAGAAACGAAAAACAUCAACAGCAAUAAAGAGAUCAUUGAAGAAGCCGAUUUUUGUAGUCUCAAAUGGAAACUUGAUGGGUUUAAUGUUAACCCAACAGUAAGAAGAAUACUGGAGGCUCUUUAAGAGAAAGGAUGUACACUUAAUUAGAUUUAUAUGAAUUUAUGCAAACAAAUUAAUAAGACAAAUAAAUUGUACAAAGUAUUUCUAAAAUACAAGACAAACACAUACACGAUAUACACAAUAUAUUUGAAGUGCAUAUACUAUCUUUCCAAUGUUGGUACAGUAAUAUUAUAAUAUCAACAUUGUUCACGGCAUACAUUAUUUAUAGCAAAAUAUAUUUUUAAGAGACUUACAUUGUGUAUCACACACUGAAUAUUAUAAUAUAUUGUUAGGUUUAAAUGAUUGCAAGGUGAUUAGACCUCAACUCUGAGAGGGAAAGAGGCCUAAUAAUGUUUGAAAACUCAUUUGACUUCAGCAUCAUCACCAUAAAAGUCUUUAGAGGUUAAAAUGCAGGCUCAACCUCAAGAAUUAUUACAAGCAAAGUCACUUUGUUAAUUAUUACUCACUUUAUUGUAUACCUGUUAUGGUACAACUGCAAUAUUAGAAAGAGAAGUGAACACUUUCAUUUCAUUAUUAAUUUCACAAAUGUACAUUUUUUUAUUGGAUGUAAUUUUAUAAAUUUCAUAUAACUUAAGAUAUUUAUAAUAAAUUAUAAUUCAGAUCAUGAUCACAAAUAAUGUCUCUUAAAUAAUUUAUCUUUUUGAGAAAAGAAAUUCUUUGAAUGUUUUUUGGCUAGCCUUAGCAACCAGCACAGUGUUUUUUUAAACAUUUGCACAGGCAAGGAAAAGGAAACAAAAUAGUUCCCCUACCUACUACCUUCAACUACCCUAUCUUGUGCAAGCAGCUCUUUAGAUCUUUAAGGUUAAAACCUCCCAGAA